AUGCCAGCCACAGCAUUCCACCACUAUCCAGGAUAUGCACCUGGUGCUGAGUCACUUCCCAUCCUGUCCAAGCUAGGGCCCAACACAAUGACUGAGUGGAUGGCCACCACCUCUCUGCCUUCUGAGAAGCUGCUUAUGGCUCCGGACUUGCAUGCCAACCCGGCUUUCAUUGAGAAGUACACUGAGCCAUACCAGACCAUGGUGAAGGAGCAGAAGACAUCUGCCAGUCUUCCACGUGAACUGGAGGAGGUCCCUCUACCCAUCUUGGGGAGUCUCGCCAAGCAGUUGGCUACAGCACAGUGCCCUGCAGAUGUGGUUGGCAAGAGCAGCAUUUUGCUGGGCAAACAUGCUGAUGACUUUGACAUGCUGGAUCUUGGAGAUUUGGAUAUUGCUGAUGGGAAUCAAGCUGAAGACCAGCAGAAGGCCAAGGAGAAGAUGAAGAGGGAGAUGGAGAAGCUGGAGAAGCAGAGGGCAAAAGAGCAAGCAAUGUGGGAUGCUGCUCUGGCAAUGGGCAAGGGGGGUGUAUGCAUGCAGACUAGCACAGGCACACCAUUCUAUGUUUGA